CACUUACAGGCUUGUUCCCUCUAUUCUUAUAUCUCUAUGCUUGACGCACUCAUUCGAAGUUACUCGUUAGAUCGCCUUGUGAGAUAGGACGUUCAUCUCGGCGUCCAGAUCAUGUCCAAGAGCAAGCACCAGGUCGACAACAGCAUUGUCGCCGUUAAAAGCAUGUUCGAUGCCGACUUCAUCAGGUUUUCCAUCAAUCGUAAUGAGCCUAUGAGUUACGAGGAUUUUAGCAAACUGUUGACAGAACGGCACGAAAUUGGGCCUGAUCUGAACUUCCUCAUUUAGUACACUGAUCCGGAUGGACAUCUGCUGUCUAUCAACAAUGAUAAUAAUCUGGCCAGGGCCCUGCUGGAUACCAAAUCGUUGCUUCGAAUUUUCCUUCAAAGGAAAGGUAAGAAUCUUAUCUUUCGUCGUAUGCACUUAAUAUUCCAUAUAUAUGAGUGGCUGUAGAUGCGCGAGUCUUGUUUUUACACGUUCGCUCGAUCCUACUUUUUCUACAAGCCUAUUUUUCUACACGACUCGGAGGGACGUGUACAUAUAGAAGGAGGAGGAGAGAAAAAGAUAUAUUUAUAUAUAUAUAUAUAUGUGUGUAUACAUAUACUCUAUCAAUAAUGUAGCUAUACGAUUUCUACAUUCGAGUUUUUGUUUUUUUUUUUUUUUUGCUGAAACGUAGUGUCGGGAAAUGUUACACAUGGACUUCCGCAGUAAGCACUGUCGUCUCGACGGGCCGUUCCGUAGCCAAAUUGUCAGUCUGACUCGCGUGAAUUAAUUUGUCGUCCGCUUCGCAAUCGCCGGAAGACGACGUUACGCGCGUUUCUUUCCAGCUUGGUUCUUUCUUUCCACCGGAUCAUGUAUUAUAUUUAGAGAAAAACAAAAAGAGAGACGCUUUUCUUCGAAAAAAUGAUAUUUACCGUGUGUAUGAGUCGGAGAGAGAGAGAGUGUUUCAGUGAGAAAAUGUCCUUAGAGAAUCAGCAAGAUGAUAUUAGAUAUUAUCGCAAGAUGAUCAUGUUAGAUUUAUUAUUAUUACGCAAUCCAUCGCUCUAAACGCGAGGAUAUACUUUUGUACUUAAUUCCCCCGUCCCCGUUUCCCAAUUCCGUCCACACCUUUUUGCUCCUCUUUGCAACAAAUUAGACCAAUCCGCGUGAAGUUGUCUCGUCUUGUGUACGAGCGCUCGAGAAUGGAAAUGAUUAUCGGUUUCGUUUGCGCGUCCAACUGUUGCCUGUAGCUGUC